ACCGUUUCCUCCUCCAUCUGCUGCCUUCCGCUGAACUACAUCGGCCGAGUUUAGCGUAUACCGUAACUGCAUGGCAGAUGGUGCACUGAGGGUGUUUCUUUUUUGUUUUUCUUUUUCAGUAAAGACCAGCCGCUAUGCAGUGCUGGUAUUCGGUGCGUGACUUUUAGCUCUCUGUUUGGCCGGACAGACUAAGUGCAGACAUCAGGAAGCUGAAGAAAAGAGCUGUGAGAGCAGCCAGGCAGUCAGGAGGCCACGGUUCCCCCUCACACACAUACACACAUCACCACGGUCUUGAUGGUGAUGUAUGCAAGGAAACCAACAAGAGUCAGCGAUGGGUGCAACGACAGAAGGGAUCCCCAAUCGUAUCAGACCCAUAAAUCUCAGCCAAAGAGCCAGGCCACAAGCCUUCACCGCUACGACAAGGUGCGCGAUGGGUCGUCAGAUCCUGUGCCCCCUUACAAGAUGCAGCGACGCUCAGACGAAAGUCUUGUCAGCAGACACGGAGAAGGCACGGGACAUGGCAAGGCGAAACCCUCUCACAGCGUCAGAGGGAAAAAUGGGACCAGUGGCUCUCCUCAGGAGAACUCCCACAACAACAGUUCUCACCAUGGCACCGACUUGCACGCGGCUCAGAGCAAGCCCGCAGACAGGGACCCAGCAGAUGACUGGACAGAGCACAUUAGCUCCUCUGGGAAGAAGUACUACUACAACUGUAGAACUGAGGUCUCCCAGUGGGAAAAGCCCAAGGACCUGCUGGAGAGGGAACAACGGCAGAAAGACUCAGUCAAGAUGGCAGCAAACAGUUUUCCCAGGGACAUGGACUACAGACAAGAGGCCUUGCAGGACAAAGCCACAACAAAAAUCGCAUCAGUGGAUCAGUCCACAGCAGCCAAUUGCGGCCAUUCUUCCUCUUCCUCUCAGAGCCUGACCCCUGCUGCCGCCGCUAUAGGCUCCACCCCUUCCAGCAUGUCGUCCUCUUCUUCGUCCUCUAGCGUUCAGGCGCCUCCGUCUGCCCAGUUGCCCUCGCCGGCGCUGCUCCAGGACCCGGCACUCCUGCAUCAGCUCCUCCCGGCGCUGCAAGCAACUUUGCAGAUGAACAACGGCAGCAUGGACGUGGCCAAGCUGAACGAGGUAUUGGCAGCUGCUGUCACCCAAGCUUCCUUGCAGUCUGUGCUUCAUAAGCUCCUCACUGCUGGACCCGCUUUCAACGUCACUGCUCUGCUCUCAGCUGCUCAGCACUCCAACCAAGCCCAGCACUCGAGUCAGUCGCCGGUCUCCCUGACGUCCGACACAUCAUCGCCACGGCCGUACGUCUCACCACGGAACGGCACGCCACAGAGCAACCAGAAGUCUCAUUUGGGUGUGCAUCCUGGCAGCGUCUCAUCCUCGCAAACCAGGGGCAGCAUGUCUUCUGGGAAGCCAGGCUCAGCUUCCUUGUCCCAGACAGCAGAAAAGCGUCCAGAAGACCCCAGAACUCUGCAGCAGAGAAGCAGCCAGGACAUGUUAUGCACAGGAUCAAACGCAUCUGGUGCCUUGUUGCCUCACGCUCCGUCCAGCAGUGCGAGCCACUCAGACACCCCUGGCUCCUUCACUCCCAGCCUGUCAGCUCAUUUCGAUGAAAACCUCAUCAGACAUAUCCAAGGGUGGCCUUCAGAGAACACAGAGAAACAGGUAUAGUCCUCCAGAAGACAGGUUCACAUUUUGUAAGGAAAAAUGUAGAGCUUGGAAUUCCAUUUUUUGAUAGUGAAAUUGGCUCUUGAGUGACUUUGAGUAGACUUUGUUGUGAGUGGGCCUGUACAAAAUAUGGAUAUAUCCUCAGUUUUAUUGCUGCUCAUUGUGUUGAUGUUUGUAUGGACAAACUGAGACUACAGAAAAAAUGAUGAUGGAGUAAAGAGCUUGUGCUGUGAAAUGUUUUUACUGUCACUUCUGGUUGUGCUACUCUGUCAUCUUUUCUGCUCCCCGUGUUGGAGUUUUAUUUUAUGCUGAACUCUCUCUCUCUCACUUACACACACACACACACACACACACACACACACACACACACACACACACUGUGUGUGUUCAAAGAUGCUGUUCUCUAUCGUAUCUAUGAUAACUCUUUGUUACACGAAUGCUG